UUCCCGUAGCAUUCGUCGAUUGUCACUUUUGGUGCGACUCGGACGCAACGGACGCGCUCAUACGCACCAUUAAACUCAUCCAUUUGGACUUGAAAUCUGAACCGUCACCAUGAGUAGAAAUUACAACGACGAGUUGCAAUAUUUGGACAAGAUUGACACAAACUGCUGGAGAAUUAAAAAGGGUUUUGUUCCCAACAUGAAGGUGGAAGGAAUCUUCUACGUUAACGACCCUCUGGAAAAGUUGAUGUUCGAGGAGCUGCGGAAUGCGUGUCGAGGAGGAGGUGUGGGCGGCUUCCUGCCAGCCAUGAAACAGAUCGGGAACGUGGCGGCGCUGCCCGGGAUCGUCCACGUGAGUAUGCGCCAGACAAGUGGAUAUAGAAACAGGGAAAGAUCCCAUUUUGUGACUCCGAUUCGCAUGUGUCGAACUCGUGCGGAUUCCUGUAACCUUGGCGACUGGCAACCGCGUGCACAGACACACACACACACACGUGGUUUGUCCACAGAGAUCCAUCGGACUCCCCGACGUCCACUCGGGGUACGGGUUCGCCAUCGGAAACAUGGCGGCCUUCGACAUGAACGACCCGGACGCGGUGGUGUCUCCAGGCGGCGUAGGCUUCGACAUCAACUGCGGCGUGCGCCUGCUGAGGACCAACCUGGACGAGCGAGACGUGCAGCCCGUCAAGGAGCAGCUGGCGCAGUCGCUCUUCGAUCAUAUCCCCGUGGGCGUCGGCUCCAAGGGCGUCAUCCCCAUGGGGGCCAAGGACCUGGAGGAGGCGCUGGAGAUGGGCGUGGACUGGUCGCUGAGGGAGGGCUACGCCUGGGCCGAGGACAAGGAGCACUGCGAGGAGUACGGCAGGAUGCUGCAGGCCGACCCCAACAAAGUCUCGUCCAAGGCCAAGAAGAGGGGCCUCCCGCAGCUGGGAACGCUGGGAGCGGGAAACCACUACGCCGAGAUCCAGGUGGUGGACGAGAUCUACGACGACUACGCCGCCAAGAAGAUGGGCGUGGACCGCAAGGGUCAGGUGUGCGUCAUGAUACACAGCGGCAGCCGAGGCCUCGGACAUCAGGUGGCGACGGACGCGCUCGUCGCCAUGGAGAAGGCGAUGAAGCGGGACAAGAUCGCGGUGAACGACCGGCAGCUGGCGUGCGCCCGCAUCGGGUCGCCCGAGGGGCAGGACUACCUGAAGGGAAUGGCGGCCGCCGGGAAUUACGCCUGGGUCAACCGCUCGUCCAUGACCUUCCUCAGCAGACAGGCCUUCUCCAAAGUGUUCGACAGCACGCCGGACGACCUGGACAUGCACGUCAUCUACGACGUGUCGCACAACAUCGCCAAAGUGGAGGAGCACACGGUGGACGGGCGCCAGCGCACCCUGCUGGUCCACCGCAAAGGCUCCACGCGGGCCUUCCCCCCGCACCACCCGCUCAUCCCCGUCGACUACCAGUUGACGGGCCAGCCGGUUCUGAUCGGGGGAACCAUGGGCACGUGCAGCUACGUCCUGACCGGCACCGAGCGAGGCAUGACCCGCACCUUCGGGACCACCUGCCACGGAGCGGUAGGCGCCUCCGACUCGCGCUAACACGAGGUUCAUCUCAAAAGCCGCCGACGGCGAUUUGUUCGAAGCGGGCGGGGCUCGACCGGAACGCCGCUCUAAGCGUCUCCGCGCUUCCCGCUCGCUCCGCAGGGUCGUGCUCUGUCCCGGGCCAAAUCUCGCCGCAAUCUGGACUUCCAGGACGUGCUGGACCAGCUGGCCGACAAAGGCAUCGCCAUCCGAGUGGCGUCCCCCAAACUGGUCAUGGAAGAGGCUCCCGAGUCGUACAAGAACGUGACGGACGUGGUGAACACGUGCCACGACGCCGGCAUCAGCGCCAAGGCCGUCAAGCUGCGGCCCAUCGCCGUCAUCAAAGGCUGAUCUGUGAAAAAUGGCAAACCCGCCUUCAAUAAACUUGCGUGAAAGAC